ACGAUGGCUUUGUACAUGCGCUAAAAAUAGAACUCAAUUAUGAUUCCAUAUCCGAAAGUUAAUCAGCCUCUCCGACAUAGAAAAACAAAUAAUUUCGUGUGCUUAUAAAUAAUGUUAAUGAAAAAUAUUUGUAGUAUUUUAUAAUUUGCGUGUGUAAUAUAAGGAAGAGCUGGUAAAGGUUUGCAACUCCGAACAGAGUUGAUUGGUGGCAUUGCAGCCGCAGGGAGGUUGUCUGCCUUGAGUCGUGGCAGCGGAGUGUGAGGCCACGGACACGUCGGCGCUGCGGGCACGGCAGCUUAUCCCUUGACACACCCGUUAUUCCUCCUCCACUCACACCGGCUAAGACUUCCUUCUCACUACUGCUUCUGUCUCCCACUAAUUCACCUCCCUAUAAGAGUAAAGAUUGAAGAAAUUAGGAAGCAAUGCAUCUGCUUUGGAAUGUCUUAGCUGCAGCAAUGAUUGGGUGUUGUAUUUUUAUACCACACCUCUCCAUAGCUGCAGAGGGUAACCAUAGUUCGCACUGGAAUGUUGACUGGGGUCCACAACCAGAAAAUGUCACAGAUUUUACUACUUUUCUGUGGUAUGGAUACUCUGCCAAUAAGAUUAAUUUCACACAAGAAGAUUUUCAAUUAUUUGUAGACUGUACAACGGGGAGACGUGAGUGUCCUCCAAUUAGCAGAGAGCCGGCUGUGUCGAUAUUGACAAACUGCAAUGAGAACAAAGCUUUAUCCUCAACUCAGUGCAAUAUAGUAGAUAUGUGUAGAGAUAAUGAUAUACUGAAAACAUAUGGUUUUGAGGACAAUAUUCUGGGUGUGGAGGAUCUACAAGCUCUGCUGCCAGUUGUUUUGUACCAUUCUCAUAACAAAAAUAGCUGCAGUCUGGAAUCAACUGAGAAACAAACUAAAAUGAAGCCCAGAUCUGCAGAGGUGUGGGGCUAUGGGCUUCUGUUUGUGACGCUCAUCUCUGGGUGUUCCCUGGCGGGGGUUUCGGUGUUGCCGCUGAUGGCACAUAACUUUUACCAGCAGCUGCUUACCGUCCUGGUUGGCUUGGCAAUGGGGUCUCUGGCAGCUUCGUCCCUCUUCCACCUCAUCCCUCAGGCUUUCAGAUUAAGAUGGGCUAAGACGUUAAGCGAUGGAACAUCGACCCACAGUCAACAUGAUUACUUAUUCAUCUCUCUCUAUGUUCUGGUGGGCAUGUGGAGCUUCUUCAUGAUUGAGCGCAUGAUCAAAAUCAUCCUCACUCACCAAGCAUCAAAGGAUGAUAAUAAAGCAAUUCCUGCAUCUCAGUCUGAACAAACUAUGCUUUACGAAAAUGGUUGCGAAUUACAGUCUUCCGACAGAGCAGAUAUAGGUGAUGAAAUUAACUGCAGACAAUCUUCACUUUGUAAGGCUGCAGGCUUUGAGAAUUCCAAGCUUGUGCCUCCCAACAAUGGCUGUGUAUCCAAUAAUGUGGAGUUGAUUUAUGCAUCUCAGGAACAAGCCAUCAAGGCAUCAUUUGGACACAAUGAAAGACCAAUGGUACCACACUCUCACAACACACACAUCGAGUUCCGACAAGGUAAAGACUCUGUCAUCAAAACUGUUGCCUGGAUGAUCAUCUUCGGAGAUGGUUUUCACAACUUCAUCGAUGGAGUUUCCAUUGGGGCAGCAUUUUCAGAAUCAUUAUUAACAGGCAUUUCCAUAAGCUUGGCAGUUAUGUGUGAGGAGCUACCCCACGAGUUAGGUGACUUUGCCGUUCUUCUCAAUGCAGGCAUGACAAUGAAACAAGCGGUUGCAUACAAUUUUUUAUCAGCAACCACCUGUUAUCUUGGCCUUGUAUUUGGCAUACUUCUAGGAGAGUUCACACAGGACAACACAGCAAUAUUUGCUUUAGCAGCAGGAAUGUUCCUCUACAUAUCUCUGGUGGAUAUGGUGCCCGAGAUGAACGAAGUAGCCAGUAAAGCGGCAGAAGGAGGCUGGAAGGCUGCUGUUGGUAUUCUCUUCCUCCAAAAUAUUGGCUUUUUCCUUGGUAUUGCAUUACUUUUCCUCUUAGCAUAUUUCCAGGAUAAUAUGGUUCUUGUCUGAUCAAAUUUCAGACAUUUCAGUUGGACAUGUUCUUUUGUCAGAAGAUGAGAUAUAUUUAUAUAAAUAUUGUACUGUAUGUAGAAUGAUUUAAAUUUAUUUAUAUAUGUAUAUAUUUAAGUAAAUGGAAGAUAUUUAAAUUUAUUAACAAGUAUAAAUACCUUGAAUAUGUGAUGAAAUGUGUACAGUAAGGAUACUGGUGGGUGCUUAAAAUUCUAGUGAUAUGGAAAGCAUAAGAAAAUUUAAGAAAAGUUUGAAGUGUGGAGGAGAAGUAGAGGAAGUUGAAAAAGAUGAGUUAUGGGGUGAAUCUGAAAGUAUGGGGUAUUUGUGGGGAAAGCACGGGAUGAACCCGAGAAAAUGUUGUGUGUAUGUGGGGAAUGCAUGGGAUGAACCCGAGAAAAUGUUGUGUGUAUGUGGGGAAUGCACGGGAUGAACCCGAGAAAAUGUUGUGUGUAUGUGGGGAAUGCACGGGAUGAACCCGAGAAAAUGUUGUGUGUAUGUGGGGAAUGCACGGGAUGAACCCGAGAAAAUGUUGUGUGUAUGUGGGGAAUGCACGGGAUGAACCCGAGAAAAUGUUGUGUGUAUGUGGGGAAUGCACGGGAAGUAGCAGCCAACAUGGGUAUGCUGUCUGUUUCGAGGGACUGAGGGAUUUGAAAUUUAUUUGUGGUACAGUAAUCCAUAGGUAUAACUUUUACACCAGGAUUGUGAACCAGGUGAAAUGCCACCAUGAAUGGUACAUAAAUCUGUGACGGAGCUUGCUUCCUGUGAGCAGCCCGGGUGUGGAGGCAAGUGUCAUAGGUCAAGUGUCAUAGGUCAAGUGUCAUAGGUCAAGUGUCAUAGGUCAAGUGUCACAACGAAUAAUUUGACAUUUAUAUUACAUACAACACUUCCCUUCCCUCCAGGGUCAUCGUUGCCUACCAAUUCUGGGAAAAUAAAUGGGGAUGUAUGCUAGAGAGGAUGAUGAUGAGGCUUAUUUUAAUUUUUAUGUAUUUUAUGAUUUCUAAAUGAAUAAAUACACUAGCCACCCUUUUUGAAGCUUUGACAGUUUUGUAUAUACAGUACUGUAUUUGAAAGAUGUUUUGUAAAUCAGAUUUGAUGGAGUGCUUAAUGUUUUUCAUUAUUUUAAAUAUUGAAUAGAAUUCCUAAAUUUAAUUUAUGACUUGUAUUUCAAAUAUUAAUAACUGUAAAUGCAGUUGGAAAUGUAGCCAAAGACUGUCUUUUGUUAUUUUGUAAUACAUACAGUAUAUUCAUUAUGAAAAGGCUCAUGCAGUAGACCUUUGUGUCCGUGAAAAUGAGAUAUCGUGUUUGACAACUCCUGCAGUUCUUCGAAAGAACUCUCUUAACAAAUUCAGUUUUAUUUUUUAAAAUGUUAACUGUUCUGAGCAUUUAGUUCUCAUGUAGGGGAUCAUGUAGGGAAUAUUAAAAAAGACCCGGGACCAGCUUUCCAAAUAUCAUUUCUUUGUACAGUGGAACCUCAGUUGACGACUGCCCUAGAAGAUGAAUUUCUUGGAACACGACGUCAAAUGUGUCAUAAAAUUUGAAUUGGAAUAUGACAGUUUACUUGAAAGACGACGUCUGUUCGUACGCGUAUGGGUCGAAUGAGCGCGUGGGGCGAGGCACUCUCAGUUUGUUUACAAGUCUAUCACGCAUAGUGACGCACACCACUGCGCUUUGAAUUCUUUGUGAAGAAUUUCUUUGUUUGUCUGCUAUUUUGCUUUUUUAACAUACACGUUCUUAUUAUAUAUGUCAUGCCAUGGGUCCCAAGAUGGAUGGUGAGAGGACUGGAUGGAUGGAUAGGGGGGUGAAUGGAUGUAUGGUGAAGGGAGACUG